AUGAAGGAAUUUGCCCAGAAACGGUCGGGACUCGAGUUGAAAAUGGCAACUGGAGCUGUUCCAGCUUCAUUUACAGGCCUAAAGAACAGGGAUCAUCAUGGCCUGGGGUUCGCUAAAUUGUUAUCCGCAGAUCCACCGGGAAAUUCCCCCAGUCCAUCUCCACAUCCACCAGCCGACGUCCUCUCGCAGCCGCCGGUUCUAUCUCCAGAAACACCAUCUCCUGCUCCUUCCCCCUCACUGGCCUCCCCUCCUGCGCCUCCGCCGUCAGAUCUCUCUCCAAGUCCCUCUCCAGCACCAUCUCCAGCACUAAUCAAUUAUUCUUCUCCUGACAAGUCUCCGACAUCGUCACCGGCACCGGCUCCUGUACCGGAUGUAGCAGGCGACGAGGAGGUAAAUACGAGUAAUGUGGUGUUAAAGAGGAACUCCUCCUCUGGCGGGAUAAACGCUGGGCAAAAAGCCGGUGUGGCAGUCGCAGUGGUAGCCGGAGCGUGUAUCGUUGGGGUCGGCGCAUUGGUGUACAAUAAGCGCCGGCAGAAUGUGCGCCGCUCGCAGUACGGGUACGCCGCCAGGAGUGAAAUUCUAUAG